AUGGACAGUCACCAGAGUGUUCCUCAUGCUCCACAACCUCAAGACUUGGGACCAACUCCUGAUCAAGCUCAAGUGGUCACGCCUACAAUUGGAACUUGUGAUGUUCCUCACUGUAAUGGGCUUAGUUAUGGAAUCCAUCCACCUCCCAUUGAAGCCCACGCCUAUGAGAUCAAGCCAAGCUUGAUAAGGUUGAUUCAAAGCUCUAAGUUCUUGGGAAAAGGAUUCGAGAAUCCUUAUGAUCACUUGAACUACUUUAAGAGGUUGUGUGGUACAUUUAGGCUUGCUGGUGUUCCUGAAGAUAGUAUCAAGCUCCUUUUGUUUCCAUUUUCACUUGGAGAAAAGGCAAGCAAAUGGGAAAGAGCUAUACCAUCUCAUUUGGUCAAGUCUUGGGAUGAUUGCAAGAGGGUCUUUCUUUUAAAGUUCUAUCCCACACAAAGAACCCACCAAAUGAGGAGAAACAUCUUGAACUUCCAACAAGACAGCCAUGAGACCUUUCAUGAGGCAUGGGAAAGGUUGAGAGGAUACACUAGGGAUUGUCCACAUCAUGGGUUUACAAGAGAAGUUAUACUUAGCCAUUUCUAUUGGGGAGUUGCUAAGGAGCAGAAAUGGACAUUGGAUGUAGCUAGCCAAGGGAGUUUGCUAAACCUGACCAUAGAGCAAGGAGAGCUACUGGUUGAAAAAUUGGCCAAGAGUGAGGAAAGCUACAAUGAAAGCCAUGAUGUAACCCCCAGAGAAAGUUCAUAUGAAGACUCCACGUGGACAGCUUUGCAAGAUAUGUUGGAUAGACUAGAAAAGCUCCUAAAUGUGCAAAACAGAGGAGUUUGUUUGGAUCUUGAGCAGUGCCAAGAGGAAGCCAAAUUCAUGGUCAAGAAUGGGAUCUCCAACCAAGAGAGAAUGCUCCUCAAUAAUUGGUAUAACCAUGGAGUUCAAGGAAUCCAACAAAGCUACCAACAGAACCAUGAGCCUUCUCAAGUUUCUAACAAUGUUGCUGUUGAGGUUAAUGAGGAAAAGAUACCAUUUGGUUUUGAUGGACAAAUUGGUGAACCCCAGCAUGAAGAAGAGGCUAAGGACGUGGGCACAGCUCAAGAAUAUGGUUUGGAAUCCAUCCAGUGGGCUGAUGAGGAAGAAAGUGUUCUUAAGGAAGAAAGUGUGCUUGAGGAGACCCAAGAGGAUGCAUUGGCUCCCAAAGGAAAAUGUCUAAACUCUUUCUUCCUUCCUUCAUUAGAAACUAAGGAGAUUGUGAGUAAUUUUGAGAGCAAGGAUUUAGCUUCACACCCAAAAGCUUUGAAAGAGGUUAAGAAUAUCAAGGAGAAAGAGGAGGUUAAAACCAAAGAGUCCAAAAAGCCAUAUGAAUUCCACUUGACCAACCAUGCUCCAUCUUCUCACACUAUGAGCUUACACCCUUUGAGGCACAUAAAUGGAACCAUUGAGUACAAGGUGAAGUGCAAGGGUACUUCUAAGCCAUUUUCACGUGUUAAAGCCAUUCUCCAUCCCAAGAUGCUGGAAAACAACCAUUGCAAGCUCCAAGAGCUACUCUCCACAAUCCUCCUGGUCAACCUCACAAAGAGCACAAGUCUGGAUUCAUCAACUCAUCUUGCCAUCAGCAGAUCAACAAGGAUUUCUGCUACUCCUUCUCUCCAGUUCCCUAAGGACAAAGGCUAG